CUCCAGCUGUAGUCGUCGAAGGUGCCAACACUCCGGGCUUAGAAGACGCCCACUCUUCACCCAAGACCCAGCAAGACAUCUACGACGCAGCCCAGGACAUGUGGGCAAAGGCACUGGCACUGAACACCUUGGCACCCGAAUACCAGGGCCAGAACAACACAGAAGUCACGGCACAGGUGGGAGGUGAAGCGACUUUCAGCUGCUACACCUAUCACCUGUCUGACGAUAUGGUCACCUGGCUGAAACGCGAAGACGAUCAGCUGCUCACAGUGGGUCAGCAAGUCUACGUUGCCGAGAAACGUUUUUCUGCCGUCCACUCCGACCACACAGAGGUAUCGAAAAGGCUUGAACAAUUGAAUGCCAUUUAUGAUUCCUUUGCUUGGGUACGCGAGGACAACUUGUGCGCAAGUGUAGCCAAUAAUGAAAUUCCAUAUAUUUUGUCAUAA